ACAAAAACAGUGUUGUGUGUUGUUGAGGCCAUGGCAAUUUAGUGUUGGUGGAUACAGUGAGUAAGUUAGCUUAAUUAGCCGUUGAUAGUGAAUACAGAUGGACAAACAGGACCACCAGCUAAGUUCAAAUGAGCAACUUCGAGCUUUAACAGAAGAAAACCAGUAACUGAGAGAAAAUGAACGCCUUUUCACCAAAGUGGGCUACCUGGAGUGCAGACUGGGCUACCUGGCCAGCUCCAACACAGAUCUGUCCUGCAGAUUGAUCCAAAGUGAGGAGGACAAACUCAAGAUAUCUAAGGAGCUUGUGGAUGAGAAAAUGCAGACAAACAAAAUGAGGGAGCAGUUUGAAGAAGAGAAGUUUGAGCUGAAAAACAAGCUAUUGAAUCAAGCCAGUGCAAUAACGGAGCUUGAGAUGGAGCGAGACAACUUAUCCAGGGCACUCCAGUCUGCUGAGGCUUGUCUAAAAGUGGGAGAGAAGAGUGGUCAAGACCUGACGGAGGAGGAGUACACUGCCCUGAAGAACAGUUACUUGGCUCUGGCUGAUACCCAUGAUAAAGAGCAGAACCAGGGUGAGAAGCUGAGUGCUGAGCUGCUGGCUCUGGCCCAGGCCCAGGACGCCCUCCGUCUGCAGCUGGAGGAGCAGCAGCAGAGCGUGGAGACCUCCACCCGGGGGCUGCAUUGUGAGCUGGACCGGGUGAGGGCCUUGAUCAGCAGCAUGUCACAUAACAGAGUCAAGCUAGAGAAUCUGGGAGCUUUGGACAAGGAGCAAAAAACUAUGCAAAACACUCUACUUGGAAACCGAGAUGAGAUCAAAGAAAUGCUGGAGAAAAUGAAAAACAGCUACGAGGAGCAACAGAAGAAACUGGAGGAGAAAGUGGUGGAAAUGGGUAAAGAGCAUCAGGAGGACGAGAAGAGAGCGAUCCGUAACCGCCAGCAGGAACUGUCUGAGCGGAGUGAUGCCCUGAUGUGCUCUCAGAGCCAAGUGAAGGAGGCGGAAGAGGAAAACUCAAAGCUGUAGCUUCAAGUCAAAGAGCUGAAUGAGGAAUAUCGUUUAAGACUCGUGUGGUAUUUACAGGACUUAUCUGAGUACAUUGAUGGACUAGGAGAGGGUAAAAGCCCACCAGAGGCUUCUAAGUUGAGGGCACACGUUGACAGCAUGCUUCAGGAUGUGCGUUCCUCCUACAGAGCGAGGGAGGAACAGCUGGCCUCCGAUGCUCGCUCCUAUAAGAAGAGACUUCAGAAGAUCACCAAGACCCAUCAUGCUCUCCUUAUUGCGUACAGGGUUCAGAGGGAGCAGAUCUUGGCCCAGCCAGAGAGCGGUCUUGACCCUGGACCUCCAGAAGCCCCCUUCAGCCUGGAGCCCUCUGAGCUCAGAGAGGAAACAGAGAGGGAGCUCCAGCAGCGCCGUCAGGACGAGGCUCAGCUGCAGGUAGCUCUAAAGAAACAUGGCCGCUUUGAAGUGGUUGCCCUCAAAAUGCGCGUUCAAAAUUUGAGCCGUCGUGAAUUGGCAUGCGAGGAAUCCUGGUCGGACUUAAGGAAGCAGCUGAAGGAGAUCUCAGACUCUACACUGGUGAGUUUAGAGAAAGACCAUUCCCUUCUCAUCACAUCAGUUGCCGAGGCGCAGGUGUCGGAGUUGCAGGACUAUAUUGACAAUCACCUGGGAAGGUAUAGGGAGGAGAUCUCACACCUCUGCAGACUGCAUGGCAUACAGGAGGCCGGGCGUUCCCAAAGUGCUAAUACAACUCUCCAUUAAGAAAACUGGACACAAAAUCUGAACAUAUACUGCGAUAUAACUUUAAAUUACUUUUUUUUUUUUUAAAUAUAACUCCUACAGGAAAUGAUAAACACAC